GGGCAUCAGAAUGCUUAAGAGCAGAAGUCGCCGCACCUGAGGGAAGUGCAGCCAUUACAGCCAAACAUUAUACGCAUUUCCAAGGCAGUGAGCUAAGCAGCAGCCGAGGCGCCAGCACACUGAAGAUGUGGACAGAAAGGGGAAAUGCAGUCGGCAGCUGGUUGUUGGCUUUCACAGUUUUUUUGGCAUUGGCUAAAUUCGCUACAACCGAUAAUUGUUUUCCAACCAUAUUCGGAUUUCUAACUCUCAUAUGGAUUCCGCAGGCCUCAGCCGAAUGCCAAACGCGAUCGAUUUACUGCUACGAGUGCGAUUCCUGGACAGAUGCCCGCUGUAAGGAUCCAUUUAACUAUACGGCUCUGCCGAGGGACCAGCCGCCCCUGAUGACCUGCAACGGUUGCUGUGUGAAAAUGGUUCGCCAUCAGAGAUCACCCUACGAGGUGGUGCGCCGCAUGUGUACGUCACAGUUACAGAUCAAUUUAUUCAUGGUCGAUCACGUGUGCAUGAUGGAAAGUUCAGGCAAUGGACAUAUGUGCUUUUGUGAGGAAGAUAUGUGCAAUUCUAGUAAAGAUUUAUACACUCAUGGCCACCAGUUGCAUCUCAUAAACACCAUCGCAGUGGCAGUGUCCUGGCUAAUGGGUCAAUUGCUCAACAGAUAGAAAGUGUUGUUAGGCUCACACCCAUCCAUAGACACACACACACACACACGCCACACACACACACAUGCAUACAACUCUCAAAACUCUCGCUCUCCGUCUCCCUAUCUAACUCUCUCUCUCUCUCUCUCUGUAAACAUUAUUGAUUUGUAGCUUGAAUAUCAUUUUGAACGUUUGAAGCACAGUUUGAGGCCGAAACGAGCAUUGAAUUGAGUAGUUUGAAUAAUAGUUCGAUAAGCACCAUUAGAAAGCUCAAGUAGCCCAGCCCAAAUGCUUCCACAGACAGAGAAGGCUUCCUCUUUUUUUUGUACACUAAUACACUUAAACAAACACUAACACACGUACACGUACACGUACACGGUAAGCGAGCUUUGGAUGCACUGCGUCUGCGCGCAACGAGUAGACGUAGAGUCGAACGAGAACGAGAACGAGUUGCGACUCAGUUGCGAGUCACAGUACGAGUACUCGUUAUUUGAAUUGCAUGUGUUGUUGAUGCUAAAGCAAGCCUGAAGCAUGUAGCGCUUAAGUAGGAAUCGUAGUUACAUACUUUACUUUCGUUGUUACUUACAUUUGUAAAUGCCCCGCUCCCCCCACACACAACCCUCCAGAAGAGGAUCGAUUCACACUUAAAUAUGUUUACAAUGUAAAAAACAUUCAACUACAUCGGGUGUAUGUAUGUAAACUUGCAACUGCAACUACAAAUCAAACUGCAACUGCAGCAACUCCAACUGUUAAGGAAGUGGAAUACAUCAAUUUGCUCAUCCAGGAGAGAACUUCAUGUUGCAUUACAUUAAGCUUUAAUCGGUUCGACAUCAUAUCAUGGAAAUCAUAGUGUAGUCUCACCAUUAGCUUAGCCCCCUCAAACUGUAUAAGGAAAUCAGUCGUCACGUCGCCCGUGGCUGCCCUUUGGUUUGUAUUCAACAAGUGAUAAUUAGUUAGUAAGUAGAAGAAUCAACUCCGCAUACCGCCCAUCCCCGAUCCCCAAUUCCCAACCACAUUACAUAUGAAUUUGAAAGUGACUCAAUUCUCAUUGUCAUGCUAGUGAUAGACUUAAACGAAUCGAAUUAAAUAGCUUAUGAUUUGAGUUUUAAAGUAUGAAUUAGUAUUAUGACUUAUACCUAGUAAUGGUUAUCCUCUCUCUCGCUCUCUCUCUCUCUCUCGAGCACCCGAUGUACCACUAAUCGACUCGAGCUUUUGUACUAUAUUAAGCGCAUUUGGAUCGUUUUUCAUUUGUAUCAUUGAGAAUUGGCUAAAUAAAUAACAAACAUUUUACCAUACCAUAACAUCUCUAACUAAAUUUGCUCUUAACUCUUAGCUUAGAUCCGUUUAUUAGCUUCCCACUCACUCUCUCUCUCUCACACACACACUACUGCACUGCUCCCUCAUGCAUUUGUACUAUUUAAUCCUUAACCUGGUACUGGCUUUAGUUGAUUUGAUUGAAACAUGCUUGAAGAAAAUUGCCAAACGAGUGCAGCUGUACAGCUGUGUAGAGCAUGUUCAGGUUCUGCAGUUGCAAGGUAAGUCACCAGAAAAGUACAGUUGCGCGCACCAUAUACUUAGUUCGCUACUGCCUCCAACUCACUCUCCCUCCCUCUCUCUCUCUCUCUCUCUAUAAGUCUCGCUCGCUCGCUCGCUCUUGCUGGGAGUCAGAGUCGGGCCGCCGUUCUUGGUGCUACACACACCCCGCUCCUCUCUCUCUCUCUCUCUCUCUAUCGAUAUUCCUAUAUCCAUCCCACACUUGGCAAUUAUUAUGCAAUUAUCCAACACCAUUUGACUUGAGUUUGAGUUUACCGUUUCAUUUGUUGUAUCUACAAUAUAGUUUAAUGCUUUCUUGUUCGAUGACAAAUACACAAAAUAUAAACUUAACUAUAAUCUCCACACACACACGCAUACAUAUGUACAAUAUCUAAACGAUUUUGGUUUGUGAAUGUUGACAAUAUUCUAGUAACCAGUAUUUGAUUGAAUGAUUGAUUGACGGUUAAUGCGUUUCAAAGUUAAUUAACAAACAUAAAAAAUACUAUCGAAACAGGCAAUGAAAUCGAUAUGAAAUGAAUUUGCAAUCGAUUUACACCGCAUAAUGGAUUCAGUAGUGCAAACAAAAAUAAUUUUUAUUUAAUUUAGUACUUUUUGUAGUUCCAAACAUCUAACGCCCACAUUCUCUCUCUCUCAAUCUCUCUUAUGUAUCUCUGUAAAUCUUUCCAUCUGUUUAACUAACUAACUAACUCUUUUUACUAACUUUCUAUACAACCGAAACAUAGAACUCCUCUAAUAGAGACACACACACACACACACACACACACACACCUGUAGCAAACGAUUAACGAUAAACGAUGACACUCAACCCCAACCCAACACUAGAUAUAUGCACUCGUCACUGGGAUCAUUGUCGCAGUUGAUCCGCUCAAAUUGAAAUUAGUCACAAGUGCAUAUAGUCCCGGACACACACUGAAAGUAUACACAGAUACAUACAAAACAGAUACUAAAUCAUUAGCCCAGCCCCACUCUAAACUCGAUUGAAAGUGUGGAUCAUAAAUAACAGAACAAGCAUAAGUUUUUACUACAUGUAGGCGCGAAGAGAUGUCAAAGCCAUGAAUAUACAAUUAUAGACUAUCAGCCGUUGAAAGACCCGAAUGUUGUGGGCCAAGCUUCCGAUCCAUAGAUUCCUCACAAUACAAAAAGCACUAAAUUAAUAUCAUAGACGUUUACCAAUAUAUAGCCGCCAAAGCGCUAUAUUUAACUUAACAUUGGUAUUGGUUGUUGAAUAUUGCAAAAAACAGAAAGAAACCAGAAAGGAAAGCCAAAGAGUGACCAAAGAAUCAAAACAAAAGCAAAGCAUUCGCCUUAAUUUGUUUUUAUUUUCGUUUACUCUAUCGUUUCAGUUUUUAUCUCAUUCUCCCGAUGCAUAAUACAUAUAUUUCUAUCGCCUACUGCUUUUUCGUUCGACUUCCAACACGAUUUACGCUUUGUUUUUUAUAAUUUCACCUCACCUCAACUCACCACGAGUCCAUCUUCUUCUAUUUCCCCACCACUUCAGUAAUCCUUCACCCACUUCUCACCCACUCUAUUACUCUCUCUCUCAAUGUCUGUCCAUCGGUCAGUCGAGUCACCAAGCCCCCGCCCUCGCGCAGCCUCCCAUGGAACUCAAGCUGACAUAGCACCCACAUAUGUUCCACCACCACUUCCAACAUCCAACAGCAGAGAGUCUCUCUCGUCAGGUAACGGCACGCAGGCGCUGCAGUCUGCGACAGAGCCAACUCUUCUAACACUAGAGGACCGCUCUCUCGGAGCUGGAGGGUUCGCCUGCAUGCCCGUUUUAUGGUGCUUUUUCACAUACGACACCACUGUCUGACUUAAAUUUUUUCAUCAUGUACGCCAUCGCAACCAUCGCAGUGGUCGCAAUGGCGCGACAGCCGCUCCACACUUGCCCCUCCACCCCCCUCCAGGGAGGGAUGUGGACAGGCCGAGGUCGGCAUUUGUGGGCGGCAUGCGCGCGUCAUUGCCGAGCAUCUGUUUAGAGUUGGCAAGCCCUUUGCCUGUGUGCGCGUAAUGCUAACCGCAUUCGAAAUGCACUUGGCCACAAGCGGCAGAGCCGCAAUAUGUAAUUGUGAACGUCUGUGCGGCAUGGCCACGACGACCGCCAAGGGGCCACACACAACCGCCCGAGGAUCAGCGCGGGACGAGCCCAAUCAGCCGGCGAGACGGCACAGAACAGACAGCUUUGGGGGCUUCCAAUGCUUUGGCUUGAACAACACCCCCAAACCCGAAGCUUUAUUUUAUCUAAGCCUCAACUUAACCUCAAUUUAGCCAUUAAAUAUUUACUCAACCCAGCUCAACGGUGCUUCCAGUUCGCUUUCGUUAACCAGUCUAACCAACGCUAACCGUCUCCAUCGAUGGCUUGCCAAGGCGAAGGAGGAUGAGCGAACAGACGGAACAUUUCUCGGUUAAAGUAUUGAGCAUUCUGAAUGUAAAUCGUAUUUAUUAUCCGCUAAAGCUUAAAAAUACUCGUACUUAAAUGCAUACUCGCCGGAAAUUGUUAAAGAUCCAUUUAAGAUUUUAAGGCUAACUGUUAUAGGGAUACGAAUCCAUGAGCACCGUACCAUAAUAUCUCUAACUCAAUCUCAACAAUUGUAUUUAGCCAAUAAAGAUAUUUCAAGUAAACAUUAAAUCGAUUAAAGCGAACAGCGCGAAUAUUAAGAUUGUUUUGCAACAGAGCAUUGUACAAGAUUAUAAUAAAGAAGAAUCUAUUUAAACGAAA